UGUUAGUCGCGGUCUUGAUCAUUUCAUUUGAUAUUGCUGUAAACUACACCUCAAGUACAGAUGUGUUGAUUUUGAUUGGAUGAAACAUCAUGCUUACUCGAUCAGGUGUCCUGAUGGUGAUCUUCACCUUCUUUUGCUUUAUCGAAUCAGGGCGUUGUGACUGCAGUAGUGAGUAUAUGACGACCAUAGUUUCACCCGGCUUUCCCGAUCAUUAUCCCUCUCUAACACACAAGGAAUGGACUGUGGAUGUACCUCAAUUUUACAAGGUCCAUAUAGUCGUCAAUGUUCUCUCUAUUGAACGUGUAUGGGACACCCUCACAUUGAUACAUAACCCACUUGCUCUCCCACAUGAUAAUGGUAUUGAAUUUCUAUUGGUCAGUGCUAAUGUGACGUCAUUGAUUUUACCUUCUGGAUCGGUAGUGAUCGAAUUCUGUAGCGAUGACCGUGUGGAAGAUGAUGGCUUUGCGUUCGAUUUCCGACUCAUGCCAAUACGCGAUGGUAAUAACAUGUCCUGUGAAAAGAUGGCUGAGGACACGGAAUUCGCUUGCUCAUCUGGAAUGCAAUUCGUCGACAUCAUCGCAAGGUGUGAUGGGAAGGUUGACUGUCAUGAUGUUUCAGACGAAGUCGGCUGUGGAAGUUGUCCAUUGAAUGGCUACCAGUGUAAAGAAAGUGAUAUCUGUCUCCUGAUGGAGUUCCUGUGUGAUGGUUGGUCUGAUUGUCCUCUAGGAGAUGAUGAACACAAUUGUUCCCUUCAAUGUCCCACCGGAUACACGUGUGGUCACUCACCAUAUAACAUCAAGUAUGAACCGAAUCACGACUGUGGACCAUCAGAUUGGUUACCUUUCUGGGUUAAUGCUUCAAGUGCCUGGAGAACAAACUACGCUAACAUCACCGCUAAACUUGCAACUAUUCUGUGA